AUGGUAAUGUUGUUGAGUACCUCGAGAACGUUAUUGGUUUCAAGCGAUGGAGUAGAGUUUCCUGGACAAAGGUAUGAUGUCAUGACCACCAAUAUUGCAGAGUCUAUUAAUGCUAGACUUGUAAUUGAAAGAGAACUUCCCAUCAUUGCUUUAUUUAAUGCAAUUCAAAGGUUAUUAUGUAGAUGGUUUCGUGAGUGUCGUGGUCUAACAUUGUCCACAAAUAACUAUUUAGCUCCAGCAGAAAAUGCUUUAGUGAGAGAAACUAGAUGUGAAAUAGCAGACAAAUUAUCUGUAUACCAACUUCAUGUGAAUGAGUUUAUUGUUCAAGGGGAUGGUCAAGAUGCAAGAGUUAACAUCAAUGUCAAAACAUGCACUUGUAGGUUGUGGGAUCUUCAGCAAUUUCCUUGUACUCAUGCAUUAGCAACACUCAAAGCUCAACGAUUACCAAACUAUGGUGAAAGAGUUUACAAUGUAUGUUCACCAUAUUAUUCAGCAGACUUUUACAAGUUGGCUUAUUCAGAAAUUAUAAAUUCUGUUCCUCCUGAAAAGAAAUGGGACUGGGUCAGAGAAAGUAUAAUUAAUCCACCCCUUGUGAAGCGUAAGAAAGGUCCGAGAAAAAAAAAACGGGUUCCAACUGUUGGUGAAGUUGUCAAAAAGCAUAACAAGUGUUCUAUCUGCAAGCAAGUGGGCCACAAAAAGACUAAUUGUCCCGAUAAAUGUUCUUGA